AAGAGCACCUGGAACCUCAAACUCCCACUGGUGCUCCACUAGCGUGGUGUAUUCGCACUGUGGUCGGGGAGUCAGCCAUCUGCUUCAGCCGCAGCCGAAGCCACGUCAUAUUUGUGUGCUGCUGGGGAGCCGAGUUGCGCGAGCUGUCGCUUUCGCAUUUUUUACGUAGAAUUACGUUCCCACUGUCGCAGAUAUGAAUAUAUUCCGGCUCUUAGGUGACCUGUCGCAUCUCCUAGCUAUUAUUAUACUCCUCUUGAAGAUAUGGAAGACGCGGAGUUGCGCCGGUAUCAGCGGCAAAUCGCAGAUUCUCUUCGCGAUUGUUUAUACCAGUCGUUACCUCGACCUGGUAACAACGUUCAUCUCGGCGUACAAUACGUUUAUGAAGAUCGUAUUUAUCGCAGCAUCACUCGCUACGGUAUUCUUGAUGUACGUCAAAUUCAAAGCUACGUACGAUCAUAAUCACGAUACGUUUAGAAUUGAAUUCCUGAUUUUACCUGCAUUCGUGCUGGCGCUACUGAUCAAUCAUGAACUGUCCGUCGUGGAGGUCUUGUGGACAUUCAGCAUUUACCUCGAAUCAGUGGCGAUAUUGCCACAAUUAUUCUUGGUCUCGAAAACAGGAGAGGCGGAGAGCAUCACCAGUCAUUAUCUGUUCGCACUAGGAUCAUAUAGAGGCCUGUAUCUGUUCAAUUGGGUUUACCGCUACUACGCCGAGGAUCACUACGACCUGAUUGCCAUAGUCGCCGGACUGGUGCAAACGGUUCUAUAUUGUGACUUUUUCUACCUCUACAUUACCAAAGUACUCAAAGGCAAGAAGCUACAAUUACCUGCUUAGCUUCAGUUAAGAGUAUCGUCCUCUCGUAUCGAAGAAACAUUCGACUGCCUGUUUUUCUACCGGCGUCGCCGAUAAAUCCAAGAUCAACUCCAGCCAUCCUGGAGGCUCGAGGAAUGCACAUACUCGCGAGAGUGUACGUCUUUCGCUCGAGUGUCGGAGUGUCUCGCAGCAUCUUUCCUCCUGUAACCCUUCCUUACCCCCCCCCCCCAUGUAUCCAUCCCUCAGGCGAUGCUGCGUUUCCUUCCCGCGUGUCACAGGUCGUUAUGCUAAGUUGUGUUUGCUCUUUCGUACUCCAUUUGUAUCAUAAUACGCUAUGAAGCAUAAACUGGACACCUGUC